GAAACUACUUUGCAAGUCACUUCUUUAUGGGAGGUGAGAAGUUUGACACCCCUCACCCUGAGGGUUACCUUUUUGGUGAGAACAUGGACUUAAACUUCCUUGGAAAUAGACCAGUUCAGUUUCCCUACAUAACUCCAGCUCCUCAUGAGCCAGUGAAGACACUGAGGAGUUUGGUGAACAUCCGCAAGGAUUCUCUCCGACUUGUCAGGUACAAAGAUGAUGUUGACAGCCCCACUGAGGAGAAUGGGAAGCAGAAGGUUCUGUACAGCCUGGAGUUCACCUUUGAUGCAGAUGCCCGUGUUGCCAUCACAAUCUACUGCCAGGCCACAGAGGAGUUUGUUGGUGGCAUGGCCGUAUACAGCACAAAGAAUCCCUCUCUGCAGUCUGAGACAGUUCACUACAAGAGAGGGGUAAGCCAGCAAUUCUCCCUGCCUUCCUUCAAGAUUGAUUUCUCAGAGUGGAAGGAUGAUGAGCUGAACUUUGACUUGGACCGUGGCGUGUUCCCUGUGGUCAUCAGAGCAGUGGUGGAUGAAGGGGAUGUGGUGGUUGAGGUCACUGGUCAUGCCCAUGUUCUUCUGGCUGCAUUUGAAAAGCAUGUUGAUGGCAGUUUUUCUGUGAAACCACUAAAACAGAAGCAGAUUGUUGACCGGGUGAGCUACCUGCUCCAGGAGAUCUAUGGCAUCGAGAACAAGAACAACCAGGAGACCAAGCCCUCAGACGAUGAGAACAGCGACAACAGCAACGAGUGUGUGGUGUGCCUGUCGGACCUGCGGGACACCCUGAUCCUGCCCUGCCGCCACCUCUGCCUCUGCAACUCCUGCGCCGACACGCUGCGCUACCAGGCCAACAACUGCCCCAUCUGCAGGCUGCCUUUCCGUGCCCUGCUGCAGAUCCGGGCGGUGAGGAAGAAGCCGGGGGCUCUGUCACCAGUGUCCUUCAGCCCUGUCCUGGCACAGAGUGUGGACCAUGAUGAGCACUCUAGCUCUGACAACAUCCCCGCAGGCUACGAGCCCAUCUCGCUGCUGGAGGCGCUGAACGGGCUGCGCUCGGUGUCGCCCUCGCUGCCCUCGGCGCCGCUCUACGACGAGAUCUCCUACUCGGGGGUGGUGGAUGGCGUGGCCCCGGCCGGCCGCCCCCUCGCGGCCAUGGACAGAGCCCUGGAGGCCGCCCACCAAAAGGGCAAGCGCAGCAAGUCCCCAGACAGCACACUACGGUCUCCUUCAUCCCCAAUCCACGAGGAGGAUGAGGAGAAGCUCUCCGAGGACUCUGACUCGCAGGCGGUGCUGAGCGGGGGCGAGCUGGUCCUGAGGGAAACCAGCUCUCCAGAGAGCGUGGCAGGGGAGGAGAUGGAGGAGGCCUCAUCGGUGCAGCAGG